ACUUCUCUUGCUAGCUACACCGAGCUCAUCGAGUCAACUUUCACCUUGCGAUCCAGCAACCUCCGGCCAGUUUUCAGCCGUUCGAUCAUGGCCCCCAUUGCAGUCGGAGAUUCCCUGCCGGACGGCACCCUCGCCUACUUCGACGAGCAGGACAACCUCCAGCAAGUGUCCAUCCACUCCCUCGCCGCCGGCAAGAAGGUCGUCCUCUUCGGCGUCCCCGGCGCCUUCACCCCCACCUGCAGCUUGAAGCAUGUGCCGGGGUUCAUCGAGAAGGCAGGGGAGCUGAAAUCGAAGGGUGUUGAUGAGAUCAUUUGCGUCAGCGUGAACGACCCUUUUGUGAUGAAGGCGUGGGCAAAGACCUUCCCUGAGAACAAGCACGUCAAGUUCUUGGCCGAUGGCUCGGCGAAAUACACCCAUGCCCUCGGCCUGGAGCUCGACUUGGGUGAGAAGGGGCUUGGGACCCGCUCUCGUAGGUUUGCCCUCCUCGUUGAGGACCUCAAGGUGAAGGCUGCCAAUGUUGAAUCUGGGGGUGAAUUCACCGUCUCCAGCGCCGACGAUAUCCUCAAGGCUCUCUGAAUAUGAUUGCCAACCUACCAGAGAUGAACCGCCUUGGCUUGCAGUGUUUUGGCUUAGUGUCCUUUUGCUCUGAGUUAAACUGGUUUUGCAGAGCACCUCCGAUGAUGGUGUUAAAGAACUCUGUUUUAUCCCUGUUGUAAUGAUAUACUAGUAAUGGAAAUAAAAGCUUUUGCCGUGAGUGCAUUACCGCAUUGAA